UAUGUGCGCAAAUAAAAUUGUGCAUAUAUAAAAUAGUGUAAAAAAUUGUAGCCUAAUAUACGUAUAAUAGCUGGAGAAUGGACGACUGGUCGGAGAGCGACACCGACAGCCAGGAGUACAGGAUCACGCGCGAGACGAAGCGUCUGCGCCACGUGUUCGAGCCGUACUUCAAGAAGAUCUUCAGCUCGAACGGCUUCAUCAAGCACAUGAACCAGCGCUGCAGCUGGAACAACGACAGCACGUCGUACAUACUGCUGUGCGAGGCGAUCAAGCGCAACGACAAUCGCAACGCCAUGGCGCUGCUGCGCCACUACUGCAAGGCCAACAUGGGCUGCUCCGACCCGAGCAAGGACAUACCGCUGCACCUGGCCACGCUCGCGGGCAACGUCGAGAUCGUCGAGAUGCUGCUGAACAAGGGCGCCCGGGCCAACGUCAGCUUCCAGGACCAGCGCGACCCGCUCCACCUGAUCUGCGACAAGGAGAGCACCUCGAUACCGGACGAGAUAUCGCGCGUCGCCAUCGCCAAGCUGCUCAUCAAGCACGGGGCCAACGUGAACUCGCUGGAGCGCGGCAACAAGGACACGCCCCUCAUACUGGCGGUGCGCAGCCGCUUCCCCGAGCUGACCAAGUUCCUGCUGAACAACGGCGCCGACCGCUACUACAGGAACAAGAAUCAGGAGACGGCCCUGCACACGGCCUUCAUCGAGAACGCCGGCAUCGACAUAAUCGAGCUGCUCUACAACGACAAGUUCGACCUCUACCAGCCGGACGAGAACGAGAACACGGUCUUCUCGUACGCGGUGCGCAACCUCAUGAACUCGGGCUUCGGCUCGUUCUGCAGCCUCAACGAGCCCCUCAAGCCCGUGCAGUUUCUGCUGAGGCACGGGGUCUCGGUCAACUCGCCGCUCGACAAGCGCGGCAACAAGAUCCUCCACAUGAUCUGCCAGAAUCACGCCGCGCAGACCCUCAAGAUCUUCCUGGAGCAGGGCGCCGAGGUGGACGCCCGCAACAUGGACGGCAAGACGGCGCUGCACUUUUGCGCCGAGAACCAGCCCAUCGCCUACGUGGAGCUGCUGCUGAGCCACGGCGCGGACGCGCGAGCCCUGACCAACAACGGCCAGUCGGUGCUGCACUUCGCCGCCGCGAACAAGCAGCCGGGCGUGCUGGAGCUGCUGCUGACGCGGCACCGCGGCGAGCUCGACGUCAACGCCAAGAGCAAGGACGGCAACUUCACGCCGCUCUUCAACGCCGUCUGGAGCAAUCGCCAGGAGAACGUGGCGCUGCUGCUCGACUGGGACGCUUGCAUAAACGAGCGCGUGAUCAACAAUCAGGUGGUGCUGCACGUGGCCGUCGACCAGAAGCACCUCGAGAUCGUCGAUCUGCUGCUCGAGCACGGCUCGGACGUCAACGUGCUCGACGACUACGGCAACACGCCCCUCACCAUAUCGCUCUACCAGGUGGCCGAGUCGAGCAACUCGGACUGGUCCGAGGCCGACGACACGGACGUGAUGAGGCUGGCCGAGUCGCUGCAGCGCACCCUCACCAAGCACACGGCCAAGCUGCUGCUCUCGGGCAGGCACGUCAGCGACCAGAGCCUGCGCAUCAUGAACAACGUCCACUUCAAGGACUUCUUCGAGGAGUGCAUGAGGGAGCUGACCCUCGUCAAGGACCACCACAUAAUAGAGGGCGUCACGUACUUCGAUCUGCUGACGCGCGACAGGCGCCGACUGCUCGCCUACAUGCAGAACGAGCGCCUCGUCGCCGCCUUCUACGCCGGCGACUACAGGGACAGAUUUCCCAUUUACUGUGAUAACUUGCUGCGCAACGCCGACCUCACCAUGGUGCGGCUCAACCUCGUCAAGAUCGCCGCCGAGAAUCUCGUGCGCCUAGUGCAGCACAUCGACGAGUCCUGGAAGGACGUCUACUUGCCCUCCCUCGUCGUCGAUCACAUUCUCGAUCUGUUGAACACGAGAGAUCUCGAGCAUUUCGCUCAAACCUUCACCUAACCCAACGAGACUCUGUGAAGCUUGUUUUCGUCGUCCCGAGCAUAAUGUAUUAUUUUAUGCCGACGAGAGCCUCGAGCCGAUCGAGCUUUCUCGGCGACAACGUGAUUUUUUCUAAAUUUUUUCGGCUCUAACGUUUACCGACUCCGCUGCAAAUCGUUAAAUUCCUUCUGCGUCAUUUUUUUCGAGAGCCUUCGCUGCGUAGUACAGUUUUUUUUUCGUUGUAAAACUGUCCUGAGCCAUCGUGUAUAGAUAAAAAUAUAUUAUUUUUCAAUUUUUUUAAAGAGAAUUGUCAGGAUCUAAAUGUAAAUAAGACGCGGUGCAUUAUAUCGAGUGCAAAAUACACGAGAAAUGGAUGCUCAAAAUUCUCACCAUAUCUUUGAUUAUCAUUAUAUACAAUAAAACACCGUCACAAUGAUGUAUAAUUUUUUUAAAUGAAGCAAUGCGCGCAGAAUGUAACAUAGUGAUAAGAUAUUUAGGAUACGACAACAAAAUUCGUAUGCGUCAAGGUGGAUCGACAGUUUUUUUUUAAAUGGAAAUUGUUAAAUGAGAUAGUUAUUUUGAAAUGUGUAAAACAAUUUAUGAAAUGUGCAAAUAUUAUAUGGUCGUUGAUUUUAAAUAUUAUCGAGAAGACGUCUAUUUUAGUAUAAUUAUUUUUAUGCAAAAUAUAAAUCUUUGUUAGCAAGAAAAUAAAUCAAAGUAGUUUGAUUAAAUUAUCCUUGAAUCCUUGUAACGAAGAAAUUUCGUUGAUUUUUUUUCAUUUUUAUAUUCUUUGAUUAUAAGCUAUAUGUGACAGCAAAAAACAACAAGAAAAAAGUAUGUCGUUGUUUGAACUGAUAGUAAGAAACAAUGAAUGAAAAGUGUCAAAUUCGAAAGCAACCGCGACGCCUUAAAAUUCACAGUCUAUUAUUAUCCGCACCGAAGCCGCAAAAGUCAUGGAAAAAGAAAAAAAAAACCGAGCACCUGAUAACGAGCAUUAGUCUCAUAAAUAUAACCACUGCAUCUCCGAUUCGUAGCAGAAGACAAAUCUCAAUGAAAAGCGUGUACAUCACGUUGGUUGCGCAAUUCGUAUUCGAGCGACGAGAUAAACGAUUAUUUGGGUACGCUUAUAUAGGAGC